GGUAUGGCCGUAAAUGCGACCGCCGGAAGCUUUCCAACUCCAGGGCUGGAAGAAACACUCACACACCCCUGGCUGAGCACCAUCUCCCAGCACAUCUCAGCAACGGUUCUUGUCAGCAUCGUGCUUACUAUCGUCCUUACUCGUCUUUUCACACAGUUCACCGCACCAAGAUCCAUCUCCACCAACAAUGGCGACCCAAAAGCGGUUCCGCAAGUGCCGUACUGGAUCCCUCUGCUCGGCCAUCUCCCCGACAUGGUCAUCUCUGCGACCUCAUUCGUCUCAAACUUGAGGGACACAUACACCGAAGGAGCGUUCGCCUUGAACUUCGGCGGCACGGCCCAUAAUGUGUUCUACACGCCUGGACUUGCGACUGCUCUGAUGAACCAAAAGACCAGCAUCUGUAACGCCGAAGAUGUCAGCCGCAAAUUGAUGCAGACCGUUUUUGGUUAUCCCGUGAACGAGCUCGACAAGUACGACGCUGCCCUUUCCGAGAUUCUGGGUGCCUACAAAUUCCUACUGUCGGAACCGCAUCUGGGCGAAAUGGUCGAUAAAACCGCAAGAUUGACGAAAGGGAACAUCUCGAAUCUUGUCACAUUCAUGGACUCGCCUGUGGAUCAGAUGCCUUGGGAGAAAGUCUCGAACAUUCGCGUUCUCGAAGGUCAAGAGACACCUACUGUUGAAGCCGAUCUCCUUCAGCUCGUGCGAGACUUCUGUGCGCAUACCGCAAACCCCAGUCUCAUGGGUUCAGACUUUCUUCACCAGUUUCCCGACUUCUUCAGUGGUAUCUGGACCAUGGAUCGCGGCUUUCUCCUCCUCGCCACUGGCCUGCCACGUUGGUUUCCCAUCCCUGACCUCACUCGUGCUCACAUCGCCCGAAGACAGAAUCUUGCAGCACUGGAUACCUUCCACGAGAACCUGAAGAAGCAUCACGAUGGAAAAGAUGUUGACUCUAAAUGGUCGAGCAUGGACGACAUCGGCGCAUUGCUCAAAGCCCGCAUCGAAAUUUACGAAAAGUACAACUUCUCGAUUCGAGCCCGUGCUUCCGCGGAACAUGCUCUCAUGUGGGCAUCCAACGCCAACUCGAACGCCCUGGUGUUCUGGAUGAUUACUCGUAUCUACGCCGACCGUGCUUUGCUCGCCAUGUUACGUGAAGAAAUCGCACCACAUGUGAAAAUAGCUCUUCCCGAGAAAACUGGUCUGCCCAUCUCCGAAGUACCGAGAAUCGAUGCUAUUGACGUCGACUCCCUGUGUUCAAAGUGCCCACUGCUGAAGAGCUGCUACAUCGAGUGUCUCCGUCUUGAUUCGGCUAGCUGGAGUAUGAAAGUGGUGCAAAAGGAUUUUGUUCUGCAGAGCCGUGAAAAGGACGGACAGUCGUGGAAGUUGAGGAAAGGCGAAUGUGCACAUGCGGCGCACGAUUUGCACAACACGGAUCCGAAAUACUUCGAGCGACCGGAGGUCUUUAAGCCAGAUCGACAUGUCAAGACAGAGGAGAGUGGAGAGCGGGUGGCGGAUAUGGGGUCUAUUCGGCCGUAUGGUGGCGGCGUGAGUAUGUGCAAAGGGCGUGCAUUCGCGCUCAAAGAGUCGCUGCUCUUCGCAGCGGCCAUCAUCUCGAUGUGGGAAUUCGAGCCGGCAGAUGGCAAGAAGUGGAAGAUACCCGGACACCGCAAGGCGACGUCAGUGUAUGGCACAAACGACGGUACCCGUGUCUUGGUCAGACGGAGGCAAUUCCCGACGACAGCUCCGUAG